CUGAUCUCCCCACGUCAAACCUGUUUAUUCUUGUCUGCUUUCUUCUUUUCCCUUCACCUAUGUUACCAGAUGAGUGGUCUGAAAAUUUGACCUUUCGAUACUCCACUCCUCAAUUUAGUAUUUUAAACCACAUAACCAUUGCUGUGUCGUCCGUCUCUUUACUCUUGUCGCUUGUGGUUGUCAUCUUUUAUGCCGUUUUCUGGUACUACGAGCGAAAGAAGGCCGAUCGAGUGUCGUUGCGAUGCGUUGCGCUCGGCAGUAUAAGCAACGUAAUCGAUACCGUGUUGGACAUUGCCUCCAGUGUUCGACGUACAGACCAAACAUAUUGCCGUGUAUUGGGACUUAUUGUUGAUUUUCUCGACGUCAUCAACGCCGGUUUCCUGGCAGUAAUCGGUGUCAACCUGUUUCUUAUCUUUGUCUUCAAGAUAAAGCGAUCAGAACGACUCGAGCGUUUCUACUAUCCAGCAAUAUUUGUCUACAGCAUCACAACCAUGAUUGUGCCUGUCAUCGAGGAAUCACAAUUAGUAAUACCGCGAGAUCCCGAUCUAAGCUGCUGGUAUUACAACCACAUUGGUGACCGGGAAAGUCAUUUCGUUUCUUGGAUGUAUUAUUAUGCACUCAUAUUCUUUAUUGCGCUCCUUGGGUUAUUUUGCUCUAUGACCGCCGUCGUCAAAUUGUUUCGCCAAGAAGCCGCAAACUUUCGGGGAAUGCGUCGGUUCUCUCCAUCGGGGCUAGCAAAUAUGUCUAGCACAGCAAAGCCUCGUCAUGACCAGAGCCAAGACCGUCAGCGUCCACGUUCAAGCUUUCCCAGAGUUGUUAUGCGUUGUAUUACAUACACGUUAGUCCCAUUUCUCAUCCAUAUUUGGGGCUUUGCAAUACAGAUACGUGUUUCCACCAAAAGGCGUGCGCCAUAUGGACUCACAGUCGUCAGUACAAUCAUGUCUUCAGCGGAAGGUUUGUUAACAGGCAUGGUCUUCUUUAGCGAGCCAGUAGUCGUCUCCCACAUUAAGGAGAAAAUGUCUGACUUUUACCGUGCCUAUGGCGAAGAGUUCAGUGUGCUUGAAGAAUACGGUCAUGGUGCAAGUCUUAGAAGACGUCGAAGAGGUAGCCGCGUCACUUCGGGAGCUGCCGAGAGCAUACAUAGCACGCGUACAGCACAUAGUACUUGUUCGCAGUAUGUAUCCAACCUGCUUGAUAAACGAAAUUUGGUACCACGCCCUGCGAUCGUCGAAAAAGAAUACCACCCACAGGUUGAUCUAGGAGAUGGCCAAACACUUGCUCCACCGAUACUUACAGGAGCAACACCUCCUAGUUCGAUUGUAACUUCUGUCGAUGACGAAUACGCUGACGAGAGUGAAGUGCGUACAAUCCCGAUGCGUCGUGUCAGUGUGUCUUCAUCGGUGUACAGUCGUAUUAGAAACGAGUAUGAACGACGACUGUCUGAUGAAACUAACACAUCCACCUUGGUUAAUGACGCGCAAUACUACCGAAACCUGGUACCGUCACCUGAUGCCCCCGACGAAGUCUUUAUACCUUAUCGAUCCCCCGCUUUGGCGAGAGCGGCGCAUUGGAUGUUUGUGAAGAUCGAUCGUCUUCGAGGUCGUCGUAAUAACAGCAGCAACUCAAACAUCAACGCCAUAAGUAACCAACGACAACAGCAGGAGCAAAGCCCAGGACCGUAUGGGAGUGAUGGUGAUAGUAGCAUAUGGGCCACUGGCAGCAAUCGCCGUACUGCACACAGUGCUCCUGAAGUAGUUGUGCAGGCUCCCUCGAUGCCAUCUGUGCGAUCAGCACCAUCCGACUCGUCAUGUUGAAAAACGCAGUGGCAUUGACUUGUUGUGCUGUACAUAGUGCAUAGUGUACCACUAUUAUUGAAUACAAAAAUA